AUGAAGUCCCAGACUCAGCUACUCUGGCUCCUUGUGCUCUUCAUUCAGGACUCCAGCGGGCAGAUCGUGCUGACUCAGACUCCGGAAUCCCUGGCAGUGUCUCCAGGAGACAGAGUCACCAUCAACUGCAAAGCCAGUUCCAGUGUUAGCUAAAGCUACAUGGCCUGGUACCAACAGAAAUCAGGACAAGCUCCUAAGCUCCUUAUCUACAGCGCUUCCUCCCGUCCCUCUGGGAUCCCAGACCGGUUCAGUGGCAGUGGGUCGGGCACGGACUUCACUUUUACAAUCAGCCGGUUUGAAGCGGAUGAUGCUGGAGAUUAUUACUGCCAGCAGCAUGGCAGCUCCCCUCUCACACAACAUAUCAAGAUGAGCUCCCAGACUCAGCUACUCUGGCUCCUUGUGCUCUUCAUUCAGGACUCCAGCGGGCAGAUUGUGCUGACUCAGACUCCGGAAUCCCUGGCAGUGUCUCCAGGAGACAGAGUCACCAUCAACUGCAAAGCAAGUUCCAGUGUCAGCAGCUGGAUGGCCUGGUACCAACAGAAAUCAGGACAAGCUCCUAAGCUCCUUAUCUACAGCGCUUCCUCCCGUCCCUCUGGGAUCCCAGACCGGUUCAGUGGCAGUGGGUCAGGCACGGACUUCACUUUUGCAAUCAGCCGGUUUGAAGCAGAUGAUGCUGGAGAUUAUUACUGCCAGCAGCAUAGCAGCACCCCUUUCACACAGUGA